GUUACGAAAACCCAGGAAUUGUUGUUUGAGGGGAAAACGGUGGCGAGGAGAGGUUUGAUGAGAAGAAAUGGGAUCCCAAACGGCCAAGAUCUAUCGCGAUCUUGUGAGAGCUGUGAAGAACCAUAUUGUGAAUGGGAAGGAACACACCAAUCCCCACUUUCUAGAUUUCGUAUCGUCUGAGUUCCAUAAGAACCCUAAUCUGCUUGAUACUGCAGCUCUCGAGCAGAAAUUAAAGCUUGCGCGCGAUUACACUCUCAUGCUUAACAGUGUCCACCAUCACAAGGAAUUGUUGUUCUCCUACAAUAUAGCGGUGGAUAGGUCAGAUGAAGUGAGAAGAACUCUUGGAAAAUCUGCUGCCAGCGUCGGUCUUCGCCUCCCUGAGGUUUAUCAGCCUUGAUCAUCAUUGCUACUACUCUUAGUUCAAUUUUUCAUCCAUGGAACCAAUCAUAAAUUAGGUCACCUGAACUCAUUAGCAGAUUUUAGAUGCUUGACACAAUUCAUCUAUGUACUGGCUUUGGAUAUUGUUGCAUUUUGGAAUAAUACAGGCUUAUAUGGAACGAUUGAACGAUUGAAUUGUUAUCAAGUCAAAUACAAUGAAUUAAGAAACUUA